AUGAUGUUUUCAUUUACAGUCAAGUCAUCGCACGGUGUAGUCGUUUUAGCUGUUUCUACAAUGCGGUUAAUAUGUUUCUGGUGUUUCCUGCUGGCGGCGGCAGUUCGAGCUCAAAACAAUGGGUACUACGGGCCACAGACUUUUAGACAAGCCGAUCCUGCCCUCUUUCAGCCAGUGGCGGUACCAUGGCAAAAUAAGAACGAAGUGGAUCCCUAUCACCGGGCACUAUUCUCUCCAGCUCGGAAUGAUGUCCACGCGCAAAGUACGACGGUGGUAGAUCCUUGGAAGUCAGCUCCUGUCAAGGAACAGUGGAGAGAUGAACAGGAUCGCGGCUCCAUUCUGCCCAAGCCGGAACCCUGGCGCCUUCCAUACGGUCUGACGAAGGAGCAGCAGGCAGCUAUACUCCACCACAAACAGUCCUUGUCAGCUGACGGUGCCUUCCGCUUCGAAUAUGCUUCCGACAACGGUCUCGCAGCAGGGGAGCAGAUAGAACCUGAUGGCUCCAGGGUAGGAGCCUACCAGUACAAGGAUCCAAGUGGUCAGCUCGUCAAGCUGAAGUAUAGAGCUGGAAAGGAUGGGUUCCAGAUCCUAGAAGGAAGUCACUUACCCAAGAGUCCAGAGCCGGUACCUCCAGCAAAUGGUGACCAAUACUACCAACAGGCUUAUGCCCAGCAGCGGCAGCAGUACACUCUGCAGCAACAAUACAAUCAGCAGAGACCUGAGCCUCAACAACAGUGGGGACACAACCAGGGUCCCAGUGCUGAACAGAGGCCAGCCAACAACCAGUAUUACGGAUCCAACUGGAGACCGCAGACUGCUGGGGAAGAUGACGGACAGUACCGUGAAAAUGAAGUUGAUCUAAACAAACCUCACAGCUUCGGGGAAGGCUACGCGUUCGCUUUUCAGGGAUAA